UUGUUACUCUCAAGUCUGUCUCAUCCUUCACGAGAGGAGAGGAACAGGUAAGCUCAGACUCCAUUUCCAUUUGAGCUUCAAAAUGUCAAACACUACACUUGCAUGAUCAUCAAUUCUCCCUUAGAUCGACUUUAUCAAAGGAAGAGCAAAUCCCCCAAGCGCAAAACAAACCCCCUUGCAAAUUUCUCCUCCAGUUACGGUUCAACUUAGAUAUUCUGCCAGCUUCCGUUUCCAUGGCUUCUUGCUUGCUUAAUGGAAUCGGAAACAUAGGAGGGGUCAAUAAGCUAUCCCCCAAAGGCUUGGGCUUUGCUCGCUCCGAUUUGCAUGGCAAACAUUUCCUUAGAUUCAAUUCUGUGAGCUACCAGACUAGCAUUAGGGCUAAAAGUUCCAAAACCCUAGGACCCAAGUGCAGUGUUUCGGCAUCCAGGCCGGCUUCUCAGCCUAGGUUCAUUCAGCAUAAGCAAGAGGCGUUUUGGUUCUACAGAUUUCUGUCAAUCGUGUACGACCAUGUUAUAAACCCUGGGCAUUGGACGGAGGACAUGAGGGAUGAAGCUCUUGAACCGGCUGAUCUGAAUAAUAGGAAUAUGCUUGUGGUCGAUGUGGGAGGGGGAACUGGGUUCACUACUUUGGGCAUAGUUAAGCAGGUGGAUGCAAAGAAUGUCACCAUUCUUGAUCAGUCACCUCAUCAGCUUGCUAAGGCUAAGGAGAAGGAGCCUCUCAAGGACUGCAAAAUCAUUGAGGGGGAUGCAGAAGAUCUUCCUUUCCCCACUGAUUACGCAGAUAGAUAUGUAUCUGCUGGCAGCAUUGAAUACUGGCCAGAUCCUCAACGUGGAAUCAGGGAAUCGUAUAGAGUGUUGAAACUGGGAGGGAAAGCAUGCUUGAUCGGGCCAGUGCAUCCUACUUUCUGGUUAUCUCAGUUUUUUGCAGAUGUGUGGAUGCUCUUCCCAAAGGAGGAAGAAUACAUUGAAUGGUUUGAGAAGGCUGGAUUUACUGACAUUAAGCUAAAGAGAAUCGGCCCAAAGUGGUACCGUGGUGUUCGUCGUCAUGGUCUCAUCAUGGGAUGUUCAGUUACGGGCGUUAAGCCUGCAUCCGGUGACUCUCCUUUGCAGCUUGGUCCUAAGGAAGAGGAUGUGAGGAAGCCUGUGAAUCCGAUACUGUUUUUGUAUCGGCUCAUCUUGGGUGCGAUGGCGGGGGCAUAUUAUGUUCUGGUUCCUAUUUAUAUGUGGAUCAAGGACCAAAUUGUUCCCAAAGGUCAGCCAAUUUGAUUGAACCGCAUGAGAACCAGAAGAAUGAGAAUGAGAAAUAGAAGGACCAGAGAAAGAGGUUGUCCCUUCCUUAGACAUUAUAUCCUAAAAGAAGGUUAAUAUUUUGUUUUUGUUGUGUUGUUGAUGCUCAAUCUAAACAGAGAAUGUUCCUACUUUGAAUGACAAGUUUUAUGGGCAGAUUUGAAAUCUGCCUUUAAUGUAUGAAUAUAUAAGUAUUUAAUGUG